AAGAAUCAAAAUCUGCAAUUAAAGAUUUCAACAUUUCAAGUGACUUUCAAAAUAACCUGAAUAAAAGCUAUUAGCAACCAAAACUCAUAAGAUUUUAUUUGAUGAUCUUUUGAAGAGCAUAAACUUCCAAUCCCAUUUAGAUGUUAUUGUCAGUGUUUAGAUGGUGAAUUAUUCAGAAUCGCAGUGAAUCAAUUGGAUAUGUUGAGAGCUAAACACAUUGGAAUUGUAUCGAAAUCGGUUCGGUAUGUGAUUGGGUUCCAAUCGAGUGAUAUUAAUGACACUGUAGCAAUAAAAUAUUUAAAGCAACUCGAAUCAAUGUGCAUAUCAUACAAUAUAUUGCCAAACGGAUUUUCCCAAGAUCCAAGUGUAACACCAUCAAAAUGGACUAAAACAAAAUCCAUCCUUUACAUAAGCGUAAUGACCAUUAAUAUUAUACACUUUAUAUUGUUGAGUGCCUUUGAUCUGCCAGAUGAAUGGCAUCUUCUUCUUGGUGACUUUUUUCAUGGUCAUCCGAAUGGUCGUUUCUUUUGGCUCUUCUGUUUAAAUUUAUCUGUUUUUGGUGAAGUGAUAAGACACCAUUGGAUAUUUUUGGCUAGAAGAGGUCACUUGACAACCUUUAAGUUGGAACAUUUAAUAUAUUCAAAGGGAUUCAAGAGUCGAGUUUUAUUUAUGGAUCGAUUUUACUGCAAAAAGUUUCGUUUUGUUUCAACUAAUUUAGCUAUUUUUUGGGUGAGGAUAACAUAUUGCCUUACAAUUAGCUUUGCACCAAUUUUAAUCUUCAUUGUUCAUUCAGCAUCUAAACUGCCGCAAACGUCGCAACAGUAUAUUUACACUGGCUUUUGGCUUCUCAUCAGUUAUCUUGGAAUCUCUUGUACCGUCAGCAACUUAAUGUUAUCUGGUGGGUUAGCUACAGUUCAAUUGUCUUACUUUUACUACAAAGUUGCUCAUGUAGCCCGAACUGUGCAAGAUCUUUCCAUGAAAAGAAGACGAUCGAAAAAUGCCGACUAUUUACUAGAUUACAAAGCUAUUGUUUGUGAGAUUAUUAAAUACCAAAAUGAAACUGAACACUGUAAUAUUGGCGUUAGAAACUGGUUCAUAUUCGUUUACAUCGGCCUUUCUGCUGUUGACAAUUUUGGAGUUUACACUGCAGUUUUUGUUCACAUUGAUCGCGGAUUCAUGGACUUUUUCAUUUUGGGUGUUUCCAUGAUUGGCUUUGUAUCCAUUGGAGCUUGUUCAUACACCAAUGGAGUCAUAUUGACAAAGAUGAUCUCAUGUUGCAAGAAUCUAAGGAAAGCAACUAGCCGUUUGAAAUUGAAUGCAGAAACCUUCAUAAAGGAAACUGAUUUAGAGGAGCGACUUUCAAGAACUGAUAUUGCAUUCACUAUUGGUCAACUUUUGGAUAUGACUACUCGAGUUUUUGUUAUUUAUUUGAUCGAAAACAUUUGCCUCAUCAUGAUGUUUAAAGUCAACUUUCAAUGAACGCCAACCAUCAAACACAUAUUAUGCCUACUCUUUGCUGGAUUGAACUUAAAAUUUAGUGGUAAAGCAUUUGCUCAGAAUCGAUCAAUAAGUAUUCCGAUACGCUGUUGAAUCUCAGUUUAUUUUAACAAAUUGAUUGGUUGGUAUAUUCCUAGAUCAUGGAAACAUAACAUUACGCUAGAAAAUAUUAUUUAUUCAAUACUUCUGAAUGGAUAUAAUUAUAGUUAUAAUACAUGAAUAUGUAUUAUAACUUCGGAUGUUUACAUCAAAGAAACUUGCAUUAUGUUUCAAAGGGUAUAAUGUUUACAAAUUCAACAAUAUUAAUGAAUACAUAAAGUUUCAUUAAGAACACAACUUUCAUAAACUCGCCAAGUUUCACUUUUGGAUACAACAACACAAUUAAUUUUAACCCGUUUACUUUUAUGGAAACAAGUGGAAACCCCGAUCAUAAAUGAUCGUAAUUUCUUUCCACUGUAUACAAUAAAUUUUAUCGAUAUUUAAAAACUCAAAUUCUUGAUGAAAACCAUCGUCAAUGUAGAAAACUAAUAAAAUAAAAUCUGUUUCUAAA